CAUUCCCACUUCCUGCUCUGCAGGCAGAAAAACAUUGAAAGUUUCCAAARACACCAGUUUGAUGAGCUGCAGGCGACAUGGACCUGACCGAGUCCCCGCUGAAAGGAGGCGUGAUCAUUUCUCACCAGCUCCAUGAAGGGAAGCACCAGUAUGAAGUCAAACAGGUGAUAAAGUACAAGAAGAGCGGGAACAAGAUGUUUACCGUGCACAAGGCGGAACAGAAAAAGGAGGCGUUUGUGUCUGAAGAAAAGGAUCUUUUAGAACCUUUCAACAAGGAGACCACGAUGCUGAGCUUCUCCUGGGAGAUGAUAAGAGAGGAGGAGGAGGAGGGAGUCGUCCAUGAAGGAUGGGAGAAGAACACAGAGAAGGACGUUUGUCCAGAGGACGACUCAGACCUGCUGGUCGUCACCAUGACCCAGACCAGCAUCUCCGUGGUGAGUGGGCGGGGCUGCAACGACUGCACCUGUCAGGGAUGUCACGGGACGGGGUGCACCUUGAAGGACGUCAUCGUGGUGUCAGAGUCCAGCACGGUGACGCUCAUUCCCAGAGGAGACGUCAGCUUCAGGCAGGAGAAACUGGCAGAGGCUUUGAUCAAACACGUGCCGUCUCAUCUGUUCGUGCGAGGCAUCUGCUCCAGUGGGUCUCUGUACCCGUCCCCAAACCCAGAGAAGAUCAACAUUUACUACUACAAGUCCAACGACAUGGAUCACACCUUCAAAGGAAUGCCCGUGGUCCUGAACCUGACCGGAUCCAACUGCUUCGUUCGGUGCUGCAAGAAYGGGGACAAGGUGUUCCUACAGACGGAGGCCUGUGAGAAGCAGCGGCUGAAGCAGAUCUCCAAGAAGGACGAGUGCACCUUCUCCUUCGUCUUCUACAUGAAGGCCAACAGGACCAAGCAGCGGCGCUUCGAGUCGGCGCUGUACCGAGGCUGGUUCAUGCAGAUCGCCCACAGCGACCUGGUGGAGAUGKCUGAGACAGACAAGGAGUGGGAUUCCUCCUUCCUCUUCAUCAUUCAGAUGUGAGGCAGAGGAGUUUCUACAGUUCUCUGUUAAACCAAAGCUCUGUUCAGUAUUUAACUGUGACCUCCACUCUGCAGUGACAACAUAAGAAUAAAAUAAUACCAAUCAAAUGAGACKACCUGUUAGUGACAUCAUCACUUAGUCUUACAUUUAAAUGACU